AUGUCUGUUCCGAUAUCAGCUCGUGUGCGGUUUGCGGGCGACGCUGGAUGCACCAACCCCCUGCACGAUGAUGGAAGGCCGUUUGGGCUGCCAGCAACGAUUGUCCCCAUUGCAACAAAUCACCGCUCUCGGACGGAUGGGGGCGCUGGUCGCCCCCUUCGGAAAAGCUGA